CAUGGCACUCUACUUCAACGAAGAUUCUCAGCGCUAUUUCAAAUCGGAUCUUGCAAAUAAAAAUGGAAUAGUGUUUCUGAACGUUAAACCGGCUUUCCAGGAAAGGGAACCCAACAACGGUCCGAGAGAAUUUGCAGUUAGGGAGGCUUUUGGAGUUGGUAAUGAAAUAAACGUCAAGUCUGACAUUGUCUAUAAUAACACCAAACCGAUAUACAGCAUUCUUCGCAUCCUAGGAGUCCUGCCUUUCACGAGACCCAAGCCUGGAGUAACUCUUUUCACCAGUGCCAGUCCUGCCAUGGCAUACUGCGCAUUUUUCAUGUUGUUGCUGACUAUCUACACCAGCUUUAUCCUGAUUCACCGAAUUGACCAUGUCCGUACGCUGGAAGGUCGUUUCGAAGAGGCGGUCAUUGCAUAUCUGUUUAUCGUAAACAUUUUUCCGCUGUUGAUUAUUCCUAUCAUGUGGUACGAGACCCGUAAGGUGACUAACCUACUUAAUAGUUGGGUUGAUUUUGAGGCCCUGUAUCAAAAAACGGCUGGUCACGAACUGAAACUGGAACUCAAAUCAAAGUGUCUGAUGAUAGCUGUUCUGCUGCCGGUCCUGUCGUGUGUGGCGGUAGCGAUCACUCAUCUUACCAUGGUGCAGUUCGAACUGGUUCAGGUCAUUCCCUACUGCAUCCUGGAUACGUUGACUUACACAAUGGGAGGGUAUUGGUAUAUGGCGUGUGAAAUUCUCAGCACAACGGCCAACAUUCUUGCAGAGGAUUUUCAAAAGGCACUGCGAAAUGUCGGACCAGCCGCAAUGGUCUCUAAGUAUCGUUCGCUCUGGCUGAGAUUGAGUAAACUGGCGAGGGACACCGGUUUAUCGACCUGCUACACUUUCGUCUUCAUCUGUCUGUAUCUGUUUUUUAUCAUUACCCUGUCGAUUUAUGGGCUACUGUCGCAAAUUUCGGACGGUUUUGGAAUUAAAGAUAUAGGACUGGCCGUCACUGCUUGCUGCAGUAUUGGAUUCCUAUUUUUCAUCUGCGACGAAGCUCAUUACGCCUCAUUCAACGUACGGACCAACUUUCAGAAAAAGCUGCUCAUGGUCGAACUGAGUUGGAUGAACUCGGAUGCCCAAACGGAAAUCAAUAUGUUUCUACGGGCAACGGAAAUGAAUCUUUCCAACAUCAACCUUGGAGGAUUCUUUGAUGUCAAUAGAACCUUGUUCAAAUCGCUUCUGGCAACCAUGGUAACAUAUUUAGUUGUGCUACUACAAUUCCAGAUCAGCAUUCCUGAUGAUCCGAGUACGAUGUUGGUGAAAAAUUUUACGGCUCCAAAGUAA